AAGGCUAAUCUACUAUAUACUUCUGUCGGCGUUCGUCCUUAUCUCUUAUAUCGUCUGUCUUUCCUUGCACUCCUGAGCUAGAUCGUGACGCACGACAAUAUGGCUGGCAACAUUCCUCACGAUCAGGACAACACCCUGUUGUCGCCAGUGACACCCAAGCGGCCGAGAGACACACGCAAACUGUCGUCCCAGAGCGUCACCCGUGCAGAUUUGUUCUCCGGCCCUGCUGUCGUGGCGCCGCCGAAGCAUCUGAGGUCUCACAGCAAUGCACAUGAGACCGCCCAUGCCAUGGAAUUGGCAAAAUUCCACCUGGCUGAGGCUUCAGACAUGCUCACAACUCCUGAUGAUUCGGGUCCAGUAACGCCUGAUGAGUUUGGCCUAAGCACGACAGACAAGUACGCUUUCGCCUUUGAUAUCGACGGAGUGCUCAUCAAAGGUGGUGAAGUCAUUCCCGAAGCCAUCGACGCCAUGAAGGUCUUGAACGGUGAAAAUGAGUAUGGCAUCAAAGUACCUUACAUCUUUGUCACAAACGGGGGUGGCAAAACUGAAGAAGAGCGUUGUAUCCAACUGUCCAACCAGCUUGAAAUGGAAGUGUCGCCUGGACAGUUCAUCUGUGGCCACACUCCCAUGCGAGAGAUGGCUGCCAAGUACAAGACUGUCCUUGUCGUCGGCGGUGAAGGCGACAAAUGCCGCACUGUUGCUGAGGGAUAUGGCUUUAAGGACGUUAUCACCCCAGGUGAUAUCAUCAAGGACAAUCAAGACACAACACCAUUCCGGAAACUGACCGAGGAUGAAUUGAAGCAUUCGGUGAAGCGGAAUUAUGGGGAGGUGGAGAUUGAAGCCGUCUUCGUCUUUGCUGACAGCAGAGACUGGGCUGGAGACUCACAGAUCAUACUUGACCUCUGCAUGAGCAAGAAUGGUCGGUUGGGUACACGCUCUGAAACAUUCGAGGACGGUCCUCCAGUGUUUUUCUCGCACAACGAUAUUGUGUGGGCGACCUCGCACAGUUUUUCCCGCAUUGGCAUGGGUGCCCUCCGUGCCUCUCUCGAGGCUAUGUUUAAAGCUAUCACGGGCAAAGAACUGAAGACCAUCGCAUUUGGCAAACCUCAGCUCGGCACAUUCGAGUUUGCUACAAGGCUCCUUCAACAAUGGCGAAAGGAUACCCACGGCAUCAACAAACCCCCCGAGACCGUAUACUUUGUCGGAGACACUCCCGAAUCCGACAUCAGAGGUACGAACGAGUUUGACGAGCACAGCUCCGACGAAGUGAACUGGUACUCGAUCUUGGUCCGGACUGGUGUCUUCCAGGAAGGCACCCGACCGGCGUACAUGCCGAAGAUGACCGUUGACAAUGUCCUGGAAGCUGUCAAACAUGGCAUGCAGCGCGAGUUUGAUAAGACCUUGAAGAAUCUCACCAUUGGAGGCUUAGCGCCACAGCUUGCCAACGCCAUUGCCGAGGACGAUGAUGAACCGACCAACUGAUGUGAUAUGAAC